CAGAAACAACGAUAUGCAAUUCCGUCCGGACGACCAGGAAUUGCCCUCUCAGUUCUCUCGGCGGCCAUUGCGGUGUUCCACUGACUUCGCCCCCUCUCCGCUCCGGCCACAGAACCAGCCAGCUCAGGCAGAAGUAACGGACACGAACCGAUCCCCGCACAUCAUGGGCGCCGGCAGCUCCAAGCCCGCGGCUUCGGCCAACUCGCACGUUUUCUCGAGGUAGGUCGGUUCCAUCUCCAUAUACAUAUUCAGAUCCUCCUUCUGGAAUUGUGAGCUGAGAUGGGGUCGUGGACGCGCUCAAUGGAUCGUAUCGGACCUAUAUCAGUCCGGUCGAGAUAUUGAUCCUCACGGAUGCCAUGCACCACAAUCAUCCAACCUCAAUUACAUCACAUAACUCAGACAAGUGAACAAACCCCAGCUAACCUCAAGAACAGUUCCUCCCCCGUCCAAUUCUCCUCCAACUUCGUCGAGUCCCUCCAGUCCAACACAGAGACCGAUUCCGCUCGCUCCCGCUCCCUGGAACUCCAAAUCCAAGCACGCGUCUCCGAGGAACUCGAGCGUCUCCGCGCCCGCGAACAGCAAACCCUCGCCGAGAUCGAGAAGAAGCUCGCCGAAGUGAAAGAGACCAGUAUCACCGCCCCCAUCACAACCAGCAGCGCGUCGUACUACCCGCCAGGAUCUUUGGAUCUGGAUGCGCCCCGGAUCCCGUUCGCGGGGCGCGAGGCGGCUCCUGUGCCCGUGGAGGCGGUGCAGGCGGCGCAGCCCAUCAACCGGGAGCUGUCGCGGGAGACGGUGAACAGUGAGAUUGAGGAGUUGCGGGCGAAGUUGGAGGGCCGGAAGAAGUUGGUGGAGGUGGAUGCGGGGAUUGAGAAGGCUAGAUCGGAGGUGGUGAGUUGUUUGAGGUUGCAUGAUAGGAGGCCUUUGGAUUGUUGGAAGGAGGUGGAGACGUUUAAGAAGGAGGUCGCCCGGUUGGAGGAGGGCUUUGUGGAUCGGAUUGUUGGGUAGAGUAGAUUCUAUCUAUCCUACGAUGAUGGGAUCUGAUAUAAGAGGGGUUUGGGGGUGGUGGUUUAUGAAUAGAGUUGACUGUUGAUGUAGUGGUGGUGGGUGCUGCUGCCUCCUGGUGUUGGCCCCGUCUUGUUGUGCAUGUUGUCAUGUAUAUGUAUACCUAGCUUGCUAGAGAAGGUUACUAGCUUUUUGUUUCUUGGGUUCGGUUGAGAUUAUUUUGGCUGUCUAUGUUGUGGUUGUAGAUGUGUAGGUUCGGUUUCA